UUCAAGCCAACAAGUUUGGAGAGAAAAUGUUCAGAGUUUAAUCAAUUCACAAGGACGAGAUGGAGCCCGACUCACCCACGUGGGUAGGCUCACCUUGCGGUUUGCACGGACCUUAUGUUUUCUACAAGGCUUUCCGCUUUCACCUUGACGGUAAACGGAGGAUUUUGUCGCUGGGAGACUUCUUCUUGGUGCGGUGUCUGCCAGGGGAGCCGCUCUGCAUCGCCGAGCUGCAGCUGCUCUGGGAGGAGAGGACGAACCAGCAACUCCUGUCCAGCUCCAAACUUUAUUUUCUACCAGAGGACACCCCGCAGGGGCGGACUGUCAAUCACGGCGAGGACGAGGUCAUCGCGGUGUCUGAAAAGGUGAUUGUUCGACUGGAGGACCUGGUCAAAUGGACCGUGUGGGACUCCCAGGCCUGGAGCCGGGGGAUGAAGGCCAUCCCCCUGAAGCGCAGCGUGGUGCACCGAGACGGGGCCAAGACAGAGCAGAAAGACCCCCACUUCCUCCGUUACCGGGACUCAACCCUCAACAGUGGCCUCAACUUCAAAGAUGUCUUAAAGGAGAAGGCAGAGCUCGGUGAAGACCUGAGCCUGAAGCGAGUGCUGGUCCUGUCCUACCCUCAGUACUGCCGGUACCGCUCGGUCCUGGCCCGGUUACGUGAACGACCGCCGUCUCUCCUUACUGACCAAGUGGUCUUGGCGCUGGGCGGCAUUGCUGCGCUGUCCGACAACACGCACAUCUUGUACUGCCGCGACACGUUCGACCACCCCACCCUGCUGCACAACGAGAGCGUGUGUGAUGAGUUUGCUCCCAACUUGAAGGGCCGUCCCAGGAAAAAGAAGCCAUCCAUUUCUCUGCGUCGUGACUCACAGAGUCAAGGUCAGGGAUGGGAGCUUAAAGGUCACUGUCAGACAUCACUCACCACCAAGGAGACUGGAACCACAGAGGGGAGGAACAGUGCCAAGGUCAGAGCAGACAAAGCAGCCAUAUCCAAACCCAAAGGCAGUAGCAGCAGCAAUGGUAGCAGUAACAGCUGCAGUAAUGUCAGCAGUAACAUCAGUAGCAAAAGAACACCAUCAUCAGAGAAGGCAGGAGGAGAGGGAGGAGGAGAGGAGUGCAGAGCGGAGGAGCAGGCCUUCCUGGUGUCUCUCUAUAAAUAUAUGAAGGAGAGGAAGACGCCGAUUGAGAGGAUCCCAUACCUGGGCUUCAAACAGAUAAACCUUUGGACCAUGUUCCAAGCUGCUCAGAAGCUGGGCGGCUAUGAACUGAUCACAGCUCGCCGACAGUGGAAAAACGUCUAUGAUGAGCUUGGAGGAAACCCAGGCAGCACCAGCGCAGCCACCUGCACACGCCGACACUAUGAAAGGCUCAUCCUGCCCUACGAGAGGUUCACCAAAGGAGAGGAGGACAAGCCCCUCCCCCAAACCAAACCCAGGAAGCAAGAGGCGGGUUCCAGCGCAGAGUCGCCCGGUGAUGUCAGCGGUCCCACGCCCAAGACCAAGCUCACCAAUGGGCUGAAGCAGCCGGCGCAGAAGCCACACCCUGAGAGGGAUGUCGCCUUGGCAACAAAGGUUCAGGAUAAGAAUGCAUCGGAGUCAGUGGAUAAAGUUUCUCGGCUGAAUGCUGAACCCCAGAUCUUCAUGACCCGUUUGGAUCCCCCACAGCUUCCACACACUAAGCAAGAGAGACAAAGCCCAGGAGAGGAGAAUGCUGAAAAGGGGAAAGAAAUCCAGCUCAUUCUGAAUGAGGAGAAGGAGAGGAGGAAGAGGAGGAGCAGUGGGUGUGAGCCCUCGUACUUGCCAACUCCAGCAGUGACAAAUGAGAGCGUGUUGCCAUUUGGUACUCCAAAGGUUUUAAACCACUCCCACCCAGCCAUGGACAUAUGGCAGCAGGAUCAGGCAGCAGUAAAGGACCAGUGCCAUGUUGGGAUGAUUUCACCCACUCUGAAACUGAGAUCCCUGCAGUCUCCAACAGUACCAGAUCCUCCCAGCGAAAGAGCCAACCUACCCAGGAGAGAGGAAACCUAUCUGGGCUUCACAUCUAUCCUCUACCCCCCAAGGGUCAACCCACAGAUUAUGUCUCCCCUUGCUAAGAAAAAGCUGCUAUCACAGGUCAGUGGGACCGGAGUACCCAAUCAUAACCACUUCCCUUCCUCCUUCGGUCCACCCCCACCGCUCAUCAGCUCAAGUUUAACCAAUGGCAUCAAUGAAGAGCCUGUGGGGCAGCCUGUCACCGCCAUGGAUUCAUCGGUGGCCGUGCUUAACCGUCCCUCUGUGAUCCAGCAUGCUCAGAGCUUCAAGUUGCGGGGGAUGGACGAGAGGUAUGAUGGAGUACAGAGAGACAGAGGGAUAGAGAGAGAAGAGAGAGCACCAUCUCCCACACGUUCCCAUGAACAUCACUUACCUGCUUCACUUCACCUUUCUAAUUCCCACUCCUAUCCAGAAGAACCAUACCAACAGCGUCCCUCACCCCCAAUGCUUGCUCCAGAGAUGCCACGACCUAGCAGGACUCCUCCCGGCUUCAUUAGUGAUCUCUACUCCCCUUCUUCACACCUCCAGAGUCUGUACAGGAAAGUGGAGAGCCAUCCAAGCCAAGGCAAAGGACAAGGGCCUGAGCAGAAACUGGUCCAAGGUCCAACUGAGGUAGAUCAUAUGGAAUCAAAACAUCAACAAAAAAGCUUUCCUACAGAGUUAGCAGUAGGCGCAGAAUCACAACAGCAUUAUAAGCGGCAUCAGCAGCACCAUGGCUCAAGCUUCAGUAAUGAGUUGUCCAAUGAUGAAUCAAAACGAUGCCAUCAACAAAGAUUAAGCCUGCCAAAAGACACUGAGAGUUCUGCAAGUUUUCUUCCUGUUGUUGCCCACCAUGAGCAAACCUACUCCACAAACAUUCAUUUGCAGGACAAAUCCAACAACAGCAAUCAUCCAAGAACAGCACCAACUGAUGAUCAACCCACAGAUCUGAGUCUCCCCAAGUCCUCUUCUCUCAAACCACAUCCCCAUGCCUCCUCCUCCCAUCCCCUGCCACAGCCCAUGAUGCAUAAGGAGAGCACCCACUUGCCAAAUGAUGCAACAUCGCCGCCGGUGUUCCAGAACGGCCACAGGGCCCAUGGCACUGCCUAUCAACCCAGAGCAUGCCGAGUGCCACCUAUGACUGUAUCUACUGCACACACUCCGGCUCUCGUUCGUGCUCACACUCCUACCCGCACACACACUCCUAGACAGGAUACAGUGGCUGACUCCCAUCCUAGAGUCACUGAGAAAACAGUAAACAGUCAAGUGAGUGACAGAAUAAGGGUAGAGGGACAAGGAGGAGAAAUGGGAGGAGAGAGAGAAAGAACGGAGGUACCUGAACUUUACAAUAAAAUAGAUGACCCAAACCAUGCUGUCAGACCCAUCUUGGGGUCAAAGGUCACACCUCAGAACAUCUGCGCUGCACGUCCUCUUAAACGACCCCUUGAGGAGCUGGAAAACGGCACCUCCGAGAGGAAGAUAAGAGCCGUCACGCCCAUGCAUGCCUCCUCUUUGUCCUCAUCCUCAUUGUCUGUGCUCAAUCUGAAGGAUGCUGUCAUUUCUUCGUCACCUCCCAGAAAGACCCGCACGCCCGAGGAGCUGGAUGAUGACUCAGCACGAGCGUCAGCUAUCAUGAAAUCAGCGCCAGUGGUGGUUACAGACGCCAUGCACACCGCGCACGUGCACAUCGGCAGCAGCUUUGUAGAAGGCAAUGUGGGUGGGCCGAAGGGCAGCACAGCCGCCCCAUUUCCCCUUCUCCCUACCCCAACUACUCCUCACAUCUACCCCACGGCCCUCUACCCGGCAGGGGCCUUCGCACUCUCUCAGGUUCCAGACUUGUGCAGGGACACCCUGAGGACCUCUCUCACCACAGGGUACCCCCCUUCCUCACACUCCCACCCCCACCACCCACUCCAGUACUUGAAGAACCAGUCGGCAGCCGUCCUUUCCCCUUUGGUCCCGCCCUUUGCCAUCCAUUCCUUCAUGAUGCAGAGGCAGCUAUUGGCUCAGGCAGCCGCCAGUCCUACUCACAUGUACCAACACCCAGUAGCGGCUGCUACUUCAUAUGGGGAACUGCUUCACCACGGCCUGUAUCCCAUGUCAAUCAACCCACAGCCCACCUUCAGCCCACCGCAGCUAAGCUCAGUUCACCCCAGCACCAAGCUGUCAUAAUAUGUAACACCCAAAGGCUAUGUUCACACUGCAGCUGAACAUGUCCCAAUGCUGAUU